AUGUUGCACUCAGUCCAAAAGAGCACAUCCAUGGCUGCCUUCCCGUACAUUUUCUCGGCCCAGAUAAACCGCUUCGACUAUGGCGCAGUCUGCAGAACUGCGUAUCUUUCCAUCAUCCCUCUUACUCCUCCUCCCCCUCCUCCUCUCCUUUCUCUCACCUGUCCUGCUCUGCCUAACCUGCUACCUCUCAUCCUCGUCCUGCAGGAAGGCUAUCUACUUUCCGUUUCGUAUUUCGCUCACUCGCAUUCUACUUACUUUAUUUUUCACUUUCGCAACGUGUAUUUUUUUUUUGCGAAGGACAACCACAGAAAGAACCCGGUGACCAUAGCAGCAAGCACGGUACUGUCCAUAUUCACUUCUAAACGUCUCCUGUACAUCACAGUUCUGACAGAUCUCAGGCUGCCGUCUCCAGUUCUCUUAAUUUUCCUUUUUUGCGUACCCCAGAAUCAUAUCAGGGAGCCUUGUUGCUAUUACCGAUUGCAUAGAGCGGCUCUAAAACCAAAGGAGAAAAAAAAAAGCGCAUCUUUUCAAAAAGUCGUUCAGAGUUUUUCAUCACACUACGUUUGGAGAUAA